CCUCGCCCGUUCUCGUCUGGCCUCGGCAGGUUUGCGCAGGCCGCGCUGCUCGCCCCCUCGGCGUCCGGCCGCCCGCUCGCUCCUCCCGCCGCGCCCGGGUCUCCUCCACCGCCGUGAGUUGGCGCGCUGCCCCCGGACGUCCUCCGGCGGAACGGUGCGGACGGCGCAGGUGUAUUUCCUGACUUAACGCCCUUUGCGGUUGAGAGUUGAGGAGACUGGAGAACACAUCUGAAAAUUCCUGCUCUCCGUGUUACCGCGGAUGAGUUAAGCACUGAAGUGGGUGUGGAAUUGGUGCUCUUGCUCCCCGGUUCCUAGCGACUGGGUGGCUCGAGUACCAUGGAAAAUCAACUGGCUAAAUCAACUGAGGAGCGAACAUUUCAGUACCAGGAUUCUCUUCCAUCACUGCCUGUUCCCUCACUUGAAGAAUCAUUAAAAAAAUACCUUGAGUCAGUAAAGCCAUUUGCAAAUGAAGAAGAAUAUAAGAAAACUGAAGAAAUAGUCAAAAAAUUUAAAAAUGGAAUUGGAGGAAAAUUGCACCAGAAAUUGCUUGAAAGGGCAAAAGGAAAAAGAAAUUGGCUGGAAGAGUGGUGGCUGAACGUGGCCUACCUGGAUGUUCGGAUGCCGUCACAGCUGAACGUCAAUUUUGCAGGUCCUUCAGCCCAUUUUGAACACUACUGGCCUCCAAAGGAAGACGCACAGCUAGAAAGAGGAAGUAUAAUACUUUGGCAUAACUUGAACUACUGGCACCUGCUGAGACAAGAAAAAAUGCCUGUUCAUAAAGUUGGAAGUACUCCUCUAGAUAUGAAUCAAUUCCGAAUGCUGUUUUCUACCUGCAAGGUUCCAGGAGUUACUAGAGAUUCAAUUAUGAACUAUUUUAGGACUGAGAGUGAGGGCCGAUCCCCAAGCCACAUCGCCGUGCUGUGCCGGGGCCGUGUGUUCGUCUUCGAGGCACUGUGUGAAGGGUGUCUGCUCACCCCGCCAGAGCUGCUCAGACACCUGAGGUACGUCUACCAGAAGUGCCACCAAGAGCCUCCCGGCCCCGGAGUUGCCGCGCUGACCACUGAGGAGAGAACUCGGUGGGCCAAGGCACGAGAAUAUCUGAUUGCUCUUGAUCCAGAGAACUUGGCUUCCUUCGAAAGAAUUCAGAGCAGUCUAUUCGUGUAUUCCUUGGAGGACAGCAGUGCUCAUGUCACUCCAGAAGAUUACUCCCAGAUACUUGCCAUGGUCCUUACUGGAGAUCCAACCGUACGCUGGGGUGACAAAUCCUAUAACUUGAUUUCCUUUUCUAAUGGAGUCUUUGGCUGUAAUUGCGAUCAUGCGCCUUACGAUGCCAUGGUUAUGGUGAACAUCGCCCACUACGUGGAUGAGAGGAUUGUAGAGACUGAAGGAAGGUGGAUGGGUUCAGAAAAAGUGCGGGAUAUACCACUUCCAGAGGAGCUUGUGUUUACUGUGGAUGAAAAGGUACUAAGUGACAUCAGCCAAGCUAAAGCCCAGUUUCUUCAAGCGGCAUCUGAUCUGCAAAUCGUAGCACCUGCCUUCACCUCUUUUGGCAAGAAGCUGACCAAGAAGCAGUCGCUGCACCCUGACACGUUCAUCCAGCUCGCACUGCAGCUGGCCUAUUACAGGCUCCACGGGCGCCCUGGCUGCUGCUAUGAGACAGCGAUGACGAGAUACUUCUAUCACGGCCGCACAGAGACAAUGCGGUCGUGCACCAUGGAGGCUGUCAGGUGGUGCCAGUCCAUGCAAGACCCUUCUGCCAGCCUUUUUGAGCGGCAGCAAAAGAUGCUACAGGCUUUUGCAAAGCAUAAUAAAAUGAUGAAAGAAUGUUCUGCUGGGAAAGGGUUUGACCGUCACCUUUUAGGUCUUUCACUCAUAGCAAAGGAGGAAGGUCUUCCUGUCCCGGAGCUUUUCACAGACCCACUUUUCACCAGAAGUGGAGGAGGCGGGAAUUUUGUCCUCUCGACAAGUCUGGUUGGUUACUUACGAAUCCAGGGUGCAGUGGUCCCCAUGGUGCACAACGGAUAUGGCUUUUUCUACCACAUCAGAGACGACAGAUUCAUUGUGGCCUGCUCAGCCUGGAAGUCUUGUCUGGAGACUGACGCAGAAAAGCUCGUUGAGCAGAUUUUCCUUGCUUUCCAUGACAUGAUGCAGCUUAUGAACCCUGCUCAUCUUUAGGGACUUGGCACUUGACAGAAUGAUCAUGAAAGGAAGAACGGAAUGUUGACUUGAACGAAACUUGACAAAUGUAGAAUCAAUAGAAUCAUGCUCUCCAAAUGUAUUCUGCCGUAGAAAGUAGAAUACUUUUAAGCUUUCACUACUGCAACAGCAAUGAGAAUUGAGUAUACAACUAUGCAAUGUUUAAGGCUCAACAAUGCAAAUCUAUAAUUUUAACAAUGCAAAUUUUACCCUAACUUUUAAUACUGUUGAUAUUCAUAUAUGUUAUAAAUCCUCUUUCUAAAUAUCACUAUAGAGUUCAUCUUUGCGUACGUUAACAUUUUCUAAUUGUUAAAGGGUAUGAAGUACAUGACUAGAUGUUCAUUCCCAAAUCCAUGCCCUCCCUGCUCACCACAGGGGUCUGAAUGGAUUGUGUUUCUGGGGAAAACCCACUGCAAUCAUUGGUGAUCGAAAACAGAUAAAAUUAAGUUAUAGUAGGGAGACUCACAAUCUUAACUGCAUUGUAAUUAGUUUUGUGAAUAUAAAAAUAAAACACAUAUUUAAAAUUAAACACUAAUGGUUAAUGACUUUUGAUAGUUAAAUGUUGAAUCAGUCUCAGGAUUUUACAGUUUGUUUUUCCUGUUUACUAUUGAAUGUUGUUUCUGCUCUCAGAAUUUCAAUCAUGUAGUUUCUUGUUUUCUCUUUGAAUAAAUGACUCAUUCCCCUUUGC